AACUAUCGAAACAUAUCUCAGCCAGAAAUUUCUUCUAUGGCGAGUCAAGCAUGGAAGCAAGAGCCUCCGUACGUCAAAGAAACAUACUAUAACUUUGCCAAACGGGCUCAAGAGAUUUAUUUGGCUCAAAAUACUGAAAAUCACGUAAUUGUUGACACCAAUCAACAAAAUGGAAUUAUUGAAGAGAUUAAUCCUCUCAUAUCUGAAACCGUUGACGCGAAAGAGACGUCUUUCAAUUCUAACUUUGAUACCAAUGUUAAUUUCGAGUUCACUAAUAUGCAAUACCGCAUUAUUACACUUGAGAACGAACUCAUCUCAAUGAACGCUAAGCUCUCUCAUGUUAUCACUCUUGAGAAUGAAAUAUCUUCAAUGAGACAGACUAUAUCAGAAUUGAACGAUAAACUUAGAGAAUAUUUACCUUUCUUUGACAUUUAG